AUGGUUGCGUUUGACAAGCUCGAUCGAGAGCGACCGGUUGGUAUUGGAAAGGAGGAACCUGUACAAGGUUGCGUACGGAGGUGUAAUAUUUUUGUCUGCACGUUCGACACGUGCGGAGGUAACUCUACUGAUUUAUUUCUUAUUAGAACCACAUUCGGUAUCAUCCUUUUAUCUGCUGCUAGUGAUAUGCAUUGUGAAAAGUAUAAUGAGACCUUGUGUGUCAAUAGCCACAAUGCCGAAGGAUGCAAUGGCACAGAAGAAUGCAAACCUGGAGAAAAUGAGAAAGGAAAUUUGUGCUAUGUCUUGUGGCAAAACAGCAGCAAUUCUCUUUCUAUCAAAUUAAAAGGUUGCUGGGUCGGAAGCCAAGAUGCAUGUAGCAAUAAAAUUGAGUGCGUGGAAACAAGACGAAGUCCUAAUGUGCAGUUGUUAUUUUGUUGCUGUGAAGGAUACAUGUGUAAUCGAAAAAUGAGUUUUCCUUCAAGUGUGUUUGCUCCAACCACUGCAGUUACGAAGCCAAGUACUGCUGCACCUAUUCAUAUGGCAUCGAGUAAUCGCCAAGUUAGGAAUAUUUUACUCUUUACAUUGUUGCCAUUUCUCAUAAUAACAAUUGUUGUUGCUCUUGGAUAUUGGUUUUACCGCAGACAUAAGAUGGCUCUGUUUAAUGAACUGCCAACUACAGAUCCAUCUCCUCUUCCACCACCUUCGCCAUUACUUGGCCUGCUUCCGAUACAAUUAAUUGAAGUUAAAGCUCAAGGUCGAUUUGGUGCUGUUUGGAAAGCUACAGUUAAUAACGAAGUUGUUGCUGUGAAAAUUUUUCCUCCCCAAGACAAGAAUUCUUGGAUGGUAGAACAAGAGAUUUACCAGCUACCACAAAUGAAACAUGAAAAUAUUUUAAACUUUUUGGGCUUAGAGAAACGAGGUGAACCAUACCAUGUUGAAUAUUGGCUCGUAACUUCAUAUCAUGAAAGAGGUUCACUUUGUGAUUUCCUAAAGGCAAACUUGGUAAGUUGGAGUGACGUACUAUGUAUUGCUGACUCUAUAUCUAAAGGAUUGAUGCAUAUCCAUGAAGAACUUCCUUCUACAAAAGGUAGUGGUUAUAAGCCUGCUAUUGCUCAUCGAGAUUUCAAGAGCAAAAAUGUCUUAAUAAAAAACGACAUGACGGCUUGUAUAGCUGAUUUUGGUUUAGCUUUAGUAUUUUAUCAAGGACAGCCUCCUGGUGAAGCACAUGGACAGGUUGGAACUCGUCGGUAUAUGGCACCGGAAGUUUUAGAAGGAGCUAUAAAUUUCAAUCGGGAUGCCUUUCUCCGCAUAGACAUGUAUGCCUGUGGUCUCGUGUUGUGGGAACUGUUGUCCAGGUGUUCAGCUCAGGAAGGUCCAGUUGAUCAGUACAUGUUGCCAUUUGAAGAUACAGUUGGUCAACAUCCUACCUUAGAAGACAUGCAAGAAGUUGUGUCACAAAAAAAAAUACGGCCCAAGUUCAAAGAGCUGUGGAGAAAACAUCCUGGCAUUAGUUCUUUAUGUGAUACAAUUGAAGAAUGCUGGGAUCAAGAUGCUGAAGCUAGGAUAUCUGCUAGCUGUGUUCAAGAAAGGCUAACAUUUUUGUAUCGCACUCAACCUCCUUAUCCUUUAACUCAAAUGAACAUGCUGAAAGAAAUAAAAUGUUCAACUGCUACCUCAAAUGUUGGCUCAGAUUUUACUUCACUGGCUAGAUCUCAAGUUUUAUUGCCAAAAGAAUCCAGUAUAUGA